AUGUCGAUUGAUAGUAGUUCCGCUCAUGGGGUGAACUUUGCUGAGCCGCGAAGUUUUCCGACUGUCUUUAAAUCCAACUUCAAAGAGACCCUCUUCCCUGAUGAUCCAUUCGGCCAUCUCAAGAAUGAGCCCUCUUCACGCAAAACAUUGAAGGUGAUUGAAUACUUUCUGCCGAUCUUUGGUUGGUUGCCCAGGUACAAUUUGGCUCUAUUCAAGUAUGAUCUUCUGGCUGGCAUCACUAUUGCUAGCCUUGCAAUUCCUCAAGGAAUCAGUUAUGCUAAGCUCGCCGAGAUUGAUCCCAUUAUUGGAUUAUAUUCGAGUUUUGUCCCGCCUCUUAUUUACGCACUAUUUGGAAGUUCCAAGCAUCUUGCAGUUGGAACAGUGGCAGCUUCCUCAUUGAUCAUAGCUGCAUCAAUAGAAGAAGUGGUACCUGCUUCGGAAGAUCCCAUAUUGUAUACCAGUUUGGUCUUUACAUCCACCCUCAUUUCUGGUCUGGUUAUGUUGGCGUUGGGCGUAUUUAGAUUGGGAAUUUUGGUUGACUUUCUAUCGCAUUCGACAAUCACUGGUUUUAUGGGAGGGACAGCAGUACUUAUCUGCCUCCAGCAGUUGAAGGGCAUGCUUGGUUUAAAGCAUUUCACCACCCACACCGAUUGUGUUAGUGUCGUACGUGCAGUUUUCAAGAACAGAAAAGAGUGGCAAUGGGAGAGCGCACUUGUUGGAAUCAUCUUUCUUGCUUUCCUGCAAUUCACCAGAUUUGUGAAGCAAAGGAGACCGAAGCUAUUUUGGGUGUCAGCAAUUGCUCCCAUUGUUACCGUUAUUGUGGGAGGUCUUUUCGCUUAUUUUGGUCAUGCGGACAAGCACGGCAUUCCUAUUGUCGGUGCUCUGAAGAAGGGAAUAAAUCCUUUGUCCAUUAAUCGCAUAACAUUUGAUCCUAAAUAUAUCGCUGGACCUCUAAAAGGUGGAGUUGUUACAGCAAUGAUCGCUAUAGCAGAAGGAAUUGCUAUCGGAAGAAGUUUUGCGAUCAUGAAAAAUGAGCAAAUUGACGGAAACAAGGAGAUGCUGGCUUUCGGCCUCAUGAACAUCGUUGGAUCUCUCACUUCAUGCUACUUAACAACUGGACCAUUUUCAAAGACAGCAGUGAAUUUCAACGCGGGAUGCAGAACCCAAAUGUCAAACGUGGUGAUGGCCAUCUGCAUGAUGCUGACCCUCUUGUUCUUGGCACCCCUAUUCAGUUACACACCCCUCGUAGCGCUCGCAGCCAUUAUCAUGUCAGCAAUGUUAGGUCUGAUCGAGUACGAGAAGGCUUAUCACCUCUACAAGACGGACAAGUUCGACUUCGUUAUUUGCAUGGCUGCAUUUUUUGGUGUUGUCUUCAUCAGCAUGGACAUGGGACUCUGCCUUUCGGUGGGGCUGGCUUUAAUCAGAGCGCUUGUGUAUGUGGCAAGGCCUGCAACUUGUAAACUCGGGCAUGUACAUGGUUCAAAUUUGUAUCGCGACGUAGAGCAGUAUCCCAAUGCGACUGACAUUCCAGGAAUCCUUGCUAUACAGUUAGGGUCCCCUAUUUACUACGCAAAUUCCCAGUACAUAAGAGAGAGAAUUCUGAGAUACCUCAAAACUGAACAGUCGGAUGCAACAUUAAAAGGAACUGGUCACAUUGAGUAUAUAUUACUUGAUUUGGGAGGUGUUUCAUCCAUUGACAUUACGGGUGUGGAGGCAUUUGUCGAAAUCAUGAGAAUUCUUGAAUCAAAAGAGAUCAAGAUGAUCUUAAUAAAUCCGAGGCUUGGAGUGAUGGAGAAAUUGACAGUCACAAAGUUCGUGGAGAAAGUAGGGAAGGAAUCAAUCUUCUUGUCGAUAGCAGAUGCAAUUGAGUCUUGUAAGUUUUCGAUGAAGAGUUCCAAGGGAAUGAACGUCGUGGAUGUAAAUGUCGCAUAAACUGCAUCCGGCGACCGAGG